AUGAAUGCUCUGUGAAUGACGUCAUCGAGCAAACCUCAAACCGCUCCUUGUCGAAGAGACGCUCGAGGACCUCAGAGGCUCGAUGAAGCCAACUUUGGGGCGAUAUCCUCUGCUUGUUACACCCACUGCUCUUUAGAGAUCCCGCCGCUUUCUCAUUCAACUAAAAAAAGCUUCUUUCGGUUUAGUUCAAUGCUGCAGUGUUUGAGAAAAAGAAGUACUUUGUCUUCUAUUGGGUAAACCUGACGCUAAAGUGGAGAGUUAAGAUGAGUCGUGCUAAAAGUUUCCAGGACAAUCACUGAGAAUGCACUGGUUAAUGUCUCCUAAUAUAAGACUGAUUGUGUGUUAUCAUAUCUUUAUAUCAGCUCUUAUAUUGGAAACCAAAGGACUUACAUAUGAGGAGACCUUCUAUGAAUACAUCCCUGAUGAGUUGCAAUGGGACAGUGCAGACAAACUGUGUUACCAGCGCUCUGGAGCCUUAGUGAACAUUUCCAGUCCAGUUGAGGAGCAACAGAUAAAGAACUAUUUAAAUUCCAUGAACAUCUCGAAAGCUGUGUGGAUUGCCAAGAAAUUCACAACUCAUCUAAAAAGUAACAUAUCUUUCAUUUUGGGCUCUAUAUUGGAUGGAGAGUCCUUGGAGAAUCAGACAUUUUCCCUCAGGUUUGUCCACAGCCCUCAGCCGUAUGAAGAGUGUGACAUUCUUGACCCUGCCACAGGGACAUUGAGCCACGACAAUUGUGACUCUUUCAGAGGAGCUGUCUGUCAGUAUAAGAAAGUUGUAGAAGUUCAAGAUGUUUCCCAUUCCCCAAAGACACCAUUCUUCAGCAUAUUGAGCCAGUAUCCUUUAACCACACCCGAGCAGAAUGCCAUUGCCGCCUGGGACAGAGAGAGAAAUUCCCUACAUCAGCUGGCCCGGGCUGUCCUGGACACUCUGAAGGCUGAUGGUCCAAAUGUCCUCACACCCAAUGAUAUCCACUUUCUGUCUCUAAGAAUGGAGAUGGGCUGGUCUGUACUGGCGAGUAGCCGUGCAGCCAGCGCUCAUGCCGCAGAGGCCAUGACGUCCAUUGCUACAGAUUAUGUAAAAAUGUCGAGUGAGAUGUUGGAGCCUCAUGUGGCUCAACAGUGGAUUGGUUUAACAGAUGACGGGAUCAACACGGGGCCAUUUACUAUCAUCAGUACCAUUGACAAUCUUACCGAAACUCUGGCAGAUGUGCUCUCUGCUGAGGGGAAGAGCUUCUUUCUUUCGACCAAGAACAUAAAUGUAUUCAUCAGGAGCCACAAGCUAACUGAAACAAGCUGCUGUCAAUCAUUUAAACCAUCUGACAUCAGCUCCAGCACAGUGAGUGGAAACGAUAAGGAUGAGCUGCUCAUCCCAGACUCUGAGUUACAGAGAAUUCAGAAACUUGGUCACACGGAUGUGAUGUUUAUUCACACUCAUUACAGCCAUUUGAACGAGAUUAUAUCUGGUGCAGCACAGCCUUUUCUGAGUCAGCAUGAGAACACGAAGAGAAUUCUCUCAGGUCACCUGGCAUCUGCUGUUAUAUCAGCCACGCUUCGUGAUGCUUCAAAAGCCCAGACAAUCCCAGUUGCUGUCAAGUACACUCUUUCCUCAUCACAUGUGAUGGAGUAUGCCCAGAGAUUUUCUCCCGUCUGUGCCUUUUGGAAUUUCAGCUUGAUGAAAAAUCAUACCAGUGGCUGGUCCAGUGAUGGCUGCAGUGUGAUCUUUGCUGGCUCUGGUGUUACUUCCUGUGUAUGCAACCACACCACAAACUUUGCAGUAUUGAUGAAUUACUUAAAACCAAAGUGGAGUCCUGAGGAAGAGCUUAUUUUGACCAAGCUGACUUUCAUCGGUUCGGGAGCAUCUUUGUGUGCUCUGGUGGUGACGUUGAUGCUAUUCACCGUGUUGGACAUACCUCGAUCUGACCGGACGUCCAUCCAUAAGAACUUGUUUAUUGCAUUGAUCUUUGCCCAAGUGAUUCUGCUGUGCAGUGGCUCGGCCAUUCACAACAAGGUUGCAUGUACACUUGUGGCGGCAUUGCUCCACCUUUUCUUCAUGGCUGCCUUUAGCUGGAUGCUGGUUGAGGGUCUGCUGCUUUGGAGCAAAGUGGUUGCUGUCAACCUCAGCGAAGAAAGACACAUGAAGUAUUAUUAUCUCAUCGGCUGGGGUCUGCCAGUGCUCAUAGUCACCAUCACACUGGCUUCGGCCUCAGAAAAAUACUUGGCGGAGGGCUAUUGUUGGCUCAGUGUCCAGAACGGUGUCAUCUGGGGCUUUGCUGGGCCUGUCAUCUUCAUCAUCAUGGUAAAUGUCAUGGUACUUACAAGGGUGUUGGUCAUCACUAUCUCCACAGCCAAGAGGAGGUCCAUGAUGUUGGCAGUGGGUGCCAGUCCAGUGGAACAAACCUACGAGCAAGUCAGGGCUGCCGUUAAAGCGGUUUUGGUUCUGCUGCCCAUUCUUGGAUUGACGUGGCUGUGUGGUGUCCUUGUGCCUUUCUCCAUUGUCAUGGCCUACAUCUUCAUCCUCCUCAAUUCCCUACAGGGCUUGUUCAUCUUCCUGAUAUAUGGGGUGUACAACACAGAGGUUCGGACGACGGUCAACAGGAUCAAGGAAAGGAGAAAGGCGCUUAAUUUUUCAAACUGUGCCAGUUCCCGUCCAUCCAGCUCAGUCACGAGCUCUCGUCCGCUCAGUUUACCACCAGGAGCAACCUUGAACCAGGAGGAGGCAAACACAUUUCAUAGUUGCAACACCCAAAGUCAGCAGAAGGAGGAAGACAGUACCACAACUCAGCUGUCCCUUCCUUGUGUUCCAACGGAGUCCAAUUCCUUCGCCCUAUGUUCCACAGGCACUCAUCUGCAUAGAAAGGAGCUGUCGCCUGCACAAGUGGAAGCAUCACCAGCUGGUUGUAGUCUCCAUGUCCCCCUGGAGCUGGAGUUGACUGCUUCGUGCUUCUCAUCUCGAAGACCUUCAACUUUAUCAUAGAAAGAGCCUGACGACUCAAAUGAGGACCUUUGAAUUGAAAUUGUUGCAUGAUUUUGUUUCUGUGUGCGUGCGUGCGAUCGUUGUUUCCAUUUUACCAUGGCCUAACCUUACCUAGUGACACAAUAUGAACUAAACAUCUUGUAAAUCUGAACCUGAUUAGUCACUUUUUCAUCAGGGCUCUGUGUCAAAUUGUGUGAGGAAGUUUGGAUUUUUAAAAUGAAAUUAUGGAGCAUUUUUGGGAAGUCUUUGUGUAUGAUAAUGUAAAAUACAUGAUAGAACUGUUAACUGAUCCCUUUUAAUUGUCAUCUUACUCCAAAACUUGAUGUAAAAUGAAUCCCGGUGUACAAUGUAUGAAAUAAAAUGAUUACAGAAA